AUGACAGUAUCGACGACUCGAUUGGAGGUUGCGUGUUUCGAUAGUUCCGGCGAUUUCUCGAUGUGGACCACUCGGAUGAUGGCGCACUUCGGCGUAGCGGGAUUGAAAGAUGUGAUUCACAGCGAUAACUUCGAGAUUACGGUUCCGUUGAGUCCGGCGGUUCCGGCGAUGAAUGUACCGGGAGCUGGAGGAGAGAUCGCGGAUGUGAUUCCGGCUCAACCGGCUACAACUCAGGUGAUUCAAGAUCCUGUGAAACUGGAAAAGGACGAGAGAGCCAAGGAUAUGAUAAUCGUGAACAUUGGAGAUCUUGUGUUGAGAAAGAUCAAACAUUGCACUACAGCUGCAUCGAUGUGGGCUUUGCUUGAGAGAUUGUACAUGCCGAAGUCGUUGCCGAAUCGGAUCUUCGUGCAGUCUCAAUUUUACACAUUCAAGUGUAAUACGUCAAAGGAAAUCGACAUUAACGUUGAUGAUUUCCUCAAGAUUGUGGCAGAGAUGAAUAGCUUGAAUGUUACUGUAUCUGAGGAGAUUCAAGCCAUUGUCUUCUUGAAUGCGCUUCCAGCAGCUUAUGAUCAGCUCAAGCAUACAUUGAAGUAUGGAAAGGAGUCAAUUUCUUUAGAGGAGGUGAUCUCAGCUGCAAGGUCUAAGCAAAGAGAAGUUGCUGAAAGUGCUAAGAUUGAUUCUGGGUCAGCUACUGCGUUGUACACAAAUGACAGAGGAAGGCAGACUAAGCGAGAUUCUGGUGAUUCACGAGGAAGAAGUAAAAGCAAGUCAAAGUCUGGAAAGAAAGUCACAUGUUGGUAUUGUAAAAAGGAAGGGCAUGUGAAGAAAGACUGUUUUGCUAGGAAGAGAAGAAUGGAAGCAGAUAGUGAUGGUGAAGCUGCUGUGGUGAUUGGUCAGGUUGAGUCUGUGGAUACCUUAACAGUUACAGAAGAUGAUUCCAGGGAGAAUUGGGUCAUUGAUUCAGGCUGCACUCAUCACAUGACCUCACACAAAGACUGGUUUAUUGAUUUCAAGGAGAUUGGUGCAAGUAAGAUUCUGCUUGGAGAUUAUCACUCAGUUGAAACUCAAGGGAUUGGCUCUAUAAGGUUGAAUACGAAUGGAGGGUCAGUGAAGAUUAUGCACAAUGUCAGAUAUGUGCCAUCUCUUAGAAGAAACCUGAUAUCUACUGGGACAUUGGAUAAACUUGAUUUUACUCAUUCUGGAGAAGAUGGAAAGAUCAUGUUCCAUAAAAAUAAGAAGCUGGCUUUGCAGGGGUUUCUGAAGAAUGGUUUGUAUAUUCUUGAUGGUGACACAAUUACUGCAAAAUCGUGUCAGGUGGAGGUAUCCAAAGCUCAAGUUCCAUUGUGGCACAGUCGUUUGGGUCACAUGAGCUUCAAGAAUAUGCAGAUUCUGGUUAAUGAAGGUACUCUGAAGCAGAAAGAGGUUGGCAAAGAAGUAUUCUGUGAGCAUUGUGUGAUGGGAAAAUCAAAGCGAGUGAGUUUUGAGACUGGGAAGCACGACACUAAGCAUGUUCUGGAUUACGUUCAUGCGGAUCUCUGGGGUUCACCAAAUGUUCAACCGUCAUUGUCUCGUAACCAAUACUUUCUAUCAAUCAUUGAUGAUCAUUCUAGAAAAGUUUGGAUCUGCUGUAUAAGAACCAAGGAUGAGACGUUUGCUAAGUUUUGUGAUUGGAAGAACUUAGUUGAGAAUCAGGUUGAUAGAAAGGUUAAGUGUUUGAGAACCGAUAAUGGCCUGGAAUUUUGCAACAAUGUGUUUGAUGAGUUUUGCAGAAGGUUUGGUAUUGCGAGACACAGAACGUGCACCUAUACUCCACAACAAAAUGGAGUUGCCGAACGUAUGAACAGAACGAUCAUGGAGAAAGUUCGUUGUCUUCUCAGUGAGUCGGGUUUAGAGGAGAAGUUCUGGGCUCAAGCAGCGGCUACAGCGGUGUAUGUGAUAAACAGAUCGCCGACUGCUUCGAUAGGUUUCAAGUGCCCUGAAGAAGUCUGGUUGGGUAAGAAACCUGGUUAUAAACACAUGAGGAAGUUUGGAGCUCUUGCGUAUGUUCACGUUGAUCAGGGAAAGUUAAAGCCACGAGCUUUGAAAGGUGUCUUCAUUGGAUAUCCACCGGGUACAAAAGGUUAUAUGGUGUGGCUACUUGAAGAAGGGAAAAGUGUCACUAGCCGAAAUGUAAAGUUUCAUGAAGAACUGGUCUAUAAGGAUGUUCUGGGUAAGGUGGAGAGUUCACCAGAAAGUUCAAUGAAGACACCGAUAUUGCUUGAGGUAGUUCACUCGGAUCCAAAGGAAAAUGAGGAAUCUCAAACUACAGAUGCUUCUGAUCAAGGUGGAGCAAGUCAGGGUUUGUCUGAUGACAGUGAAGAGCUUGAACAGGAAACAGAGCCGACUGAACAAGCGAGAACAAGUUUGUCCAACUAUCAGCUUGCUCGUGAUAGACCUAAAAGGUUUAUGGCACCACCUGUGAGAUUGAGAGAUUAUGACUGUGAAAAUGCAGAGAUUGCUUUUGCUUUGACUAUGUUUGAAAUGAUGAAUGUAGAAGAGCCGGGAAGUUUUGCAGAAGCAAAAGAGAGCAAGGACUGGGUUAAGUGGAAUGGAGCAACUGAUGAGGAGAUGGACUCAUUGUGGAAAAACAGAACGUGGGUCUUGGUGGAUAAGCCAAAGGAUCGACAGAUCAUCAGUAACAAAUGGAUUUUCACUAUAAAACCUGGGAUUGUUGGAGUUGCUUUGGAGAGGCACAAAGCACGGCUUGUAGCAAGAGGGUUCUCACAGCGAGAAGGGAUUGAUUAUCAGGAGGUGUUUGCACCUGUUGUGAAGCAUGUCUCGAUCAGAACUUUAUUAUCUCUGGUGGUGAAUUUGGAUAUAGAAUUGGAGCAAAUGGAUGUUAAAACUGCUUUCUUACAUGGAAGUUUGGAAGAAGACAUCUACAUGUAUCAGCCAGAGGGUUAUGUUGAUGAAACUCAGAAAGAUAAGGUUUGUCUUCUCAAGAAAUCUCUUUAUGGGCUUAAGCAGUCUCCAAAACAGUGGAAUAAGAGAUUUGAUCAGUUUAUGAAGACGCAAGCGUUCAGCAGGAGUGAGCGUGAUCAGUGUGUGUAUACGAAGGAGAUUUCAGCAGACAACUACAUCUACUUGUUGCUAUACGUUGAUGAUAUGUUGAUUGCAGCAAAGGAGAUGUCUGAUGUUAAGAGUCUUAAGGAGCAGUUGAGUUUGACGUUUGAGAUGAAGGACUUGGGAGCUGCUAGUAGGAUUCUUGGGAUGGAUAUUACCAGAGAUCGUGAGGAGGGAACUUUGUGUCUUUCUCAGGCAAAUUACUUGAGAAAAGUGAUUGAAAAUUUCAGGAUGAGUGAUGCAAAGUCGUCCCUAACACCUAUUGGCGGUCAUUUCAAGUUGUCUUCUGUCAAAGAUGAUGAAGAAGGCGUUGAUACUGAGGUGAUUCCGUAUGCGUCUGUUGUUGGUAGCAUUAUGUAUGCUAUGGUUGGUUCUCGGCCAGACUUGGCAUAUGGAAUUGGACUUGUUAGUCGAUUUAUGAGCAAGCCUGGGCAUAUACAUUGGGAAGCUGUUAAAUGGUUGCUGAGAUACAUCAAGGGUUCAGUUGAUUUGUGUUUGAGGUUCACUAAGCAGAAGGAUAUUCAGAUUCAGGGGUUUUGUGAUUCUGACUAUUCAGCUGACUUGGACAGAAGAAGAUCAAUCUCUGGGUAUGUGUUCACAGUUGGAGGAAAUGUGGUUAGCUGGAGAUCAAGUCUGCAACGUGUUGCUGCUUUAUCAACAACUGAAGCUGAGUAUAUUUCGUUGACAGAGGCUGUGAAAGAAGCAAUCUGGUUGAAAGGUUUGCUAGCUGAUUUUGGUUUGAAACAUGGAGCUGUGAAAGUGUGGUGCGAUUCUCAGAGUGCUAUAUGUCUUUCGAAGAACAAUGUGUUCCAUGAGCGUACCAAGCAUAUAGCUGUGAAGUAUCACUUCAUCCGAGAUGUGAUUGAAGAUGGAGAAGUUGAGGUUCUGAAAGUUCACACAAGCAGGAAUCCGGCUGAUAUCUUGACUAAGGUGGUUCUUGUUGGCAAGUUCAACUCUGCGUUGACCUUGCUGAAUAUUGCCCGUGCUUGA